GAAAAUAUCGGACGAAUGUCAUCUCUAAUGCGGCACCGGCAAUAACGACUAUUACACAAGUAACAACGGAUAACUUGAAUUAAAAAUUGACAAAAUGGUGAGACUAAGAAUGCCCUCCAAUCGUACCCUGGGAAACAUUUGCGUCUACGGUGCCGUGGCCUCCAUAUCUGGCGUGAUGUACAUGCGCUGGAAGAUGGAGGAUCGGGUGAAAUCCUGCGACUACUACAAACUGGCGCUAAAAGCUUUGCGGAAUCAUCGAGGAGCUGUGGGUCUCCUGGGGGAGCCCAUCAAAGAUUCUGGCAUUGAUCUGUCCAACGCCAACAACAAUUGCAACGCAGAGAUGGCGCAUUUCGAGGUUUCCGUGCGGGGUAGCAAAGAUAAAGGAACUCUCUAUUUCUGGGCCUCCCAUCAGCCGGAUAGGGGCUGGCUGAUUGACCGACUGGAGCUGGAAACCAAACUUAAUCCCGAUAAGCGAUUUCUGCUUAAGAAAUCCGAAGAACUAACCUUCGGUCUGCCCGAGAGUCUUAGCAAACUGUCCGCCCAGCAAGUAGAUUCCGAUGUUACUCCCUCCGAAACAAAACUUUUAAACGCCGAACAAGCGGAAACGCAUUCAAAGUAACCACGAUUUCCGAUUCAAUUAGUUUAUUCUCAUUAAAUUUGACUAAUUCAAGCAA